CCGGAAAUAGCUGCACCCAAAUUCAGUAGGAAAAUAUCCUAUCCUCUUUUCUUCCAGAACUUUCCACUCCCUCCCUCUAAAUAUCCCUGGACCGCCGCCAUUUCCCCUCAAAAUCCCCAAAUAUAGCAACACCUACUUUCAUCGGAACAGAUCUAAUCAUCAAAAGGGAAAUCAAAUGGAGACUGUAAUAGUAAAGCUCGAAGAAGAGGCGCCCUCGCCGAUGGAGAGAUUGCACGAAGUGGGUCCACCUCCGUUCUUGACGAAGACGUUUGAAAUGGUGGAAGACCCGUCCACUGACACGGUGAUUUCUUGGAGCUCAACGAAGAAUAGCUUCAUCGUUUGGGAUUCUCACCAGUUCUCCACCACCAUCCUUCCUAGGCAUUUCAAGCACAGCAAUUUCUCCAGCUUCGUUCGGCAGCUCAAUACUUAUUCAAAGAGUUGCACUUAGUAGCUGAGGAGACAGAUAAACCAUUGGUGAUUGAUGACUUCUACUGGCAAUUAUAUCAUUGGGAGAAAGAAGAAAAGUUAGGGUUUUCGCAAAGUGGAUCCAGAUAGAUGGGAAUUCGCAAAUGAAGGGUUUCUUAGUGGGCAGAGACAUCUACUCAAAACUAUCAGGAGGAGGAGGAAUGUUGCCCAUAGUGUGCAGCACCAUGUAGCCGGUCCAUGUAUAGAGAUAGGCCAUUUUGGCAUGGAAGAAGAGAUAGAGAGAUUAAAGAGGGACAGGAACCUGUUGGUGACUGAAAUCGUUAAACUAAGACAGCAACAGCAGAAAUCUAGGGUACAAAUCACCUCAAUGGAGGAGAGGAUAGGGAACGCCGAGAAGAAGCAGCAUCAAACAAUGAAUUUCUUAGCUAAAAUAUUCACAAACCCUUCUUUUGUCCAGCAAUAUCUUGAAAAGUACGGUGAGAGGAAAGAUCAACAGCGCAUAGAGAUCGGUCAAAAGAGGAGGUUGACAAUGUCACCACAACCAAGUGCAGAGAACUUGCAAGAUGUUGCUAGCUCGGCUGCAAUGGAAGGAGGUGAUCGGUUAGAUGCUGAGCUGGCAAUGGAGACAGAGAUGGAUGGGUUGUUUUCUACUGCACUGAUGGACAAUGGGUCAAGCAGUGUCAUGGGGCCUCUGUCAUCUUUUGCAUCUACAAGUGGUGCUGAAAAUGAUGAUGUCCCAGACAGCAUAUGGGAGGAACUGAUGUUAGGUGAAACACUCUCUAGUCAUCAAGUGGAACAAGUGUUGGUAGGCAAUGAAUCAGAAGCUAAUGUGGAGAUUGAAGAUUUGGUUGUAAAGGAGACACCAGAAUGGAGCAGUGACUUUCAAGAUCUUGUUGACCAUAUGGGGGAGUAUCUUAAGUCACAUCCUUGAGUAUUUCUGAAUCUCCCCUCUACACAUUUCAUUAUUUUUCUGUUUUUGGUAUGGUCAUUUUUGUUUCUCACAUUCAUUCUACCUAGUUUUGCAUCACUGCAUGUACUGCCAACAUUGCAGGUUUGGUCUAUUUCUGUGUUAUAUUCAUUGUGAUCUCCAGGAGGAGAUAAAACAUUCAUUCGAUCUUUGUAUCAUUCUAUAUAUUUAAUAAUGGCUGCAGUUUAAGCAGCAUUCUUAAUUGAGAUGUUUGUUUAAGUGUUUUGAUCCAUGGCUCCAUUUUGCAGGUUAGGAAGAUGCCACUAUCAACUUUUUGAAGACUACAGUAAUAUUUGACCGAACCUAAUGUUGUCACUUUUGCGUUUCAUAGUGGCAGGAGGAACUUUUCCCCAUACAUACAGUGGAAGUUACUAACUAGCCGUGGUUAACACUAUUGUAAAUUCAUUUUUGGGGUGUUAACUUUCAUGUGUGAUUCUAAAGCUAGUACAAUAUUUUUCAUUACUAAUUUCUAGUAUGAAAACGGGUAUAUUUGUUUGGCAAAUUGAUGAUAAAG